GCAUUAACAUUCUGGUCGACAAGCAGGGGAGGUGUCCUUAUGCACAACUAAGCAACACGCGCUUUGUGUCGUGUUUGAUAAUCAUUCUCCAUUUGCUUUACGGAACCAACCAAUACAAAUACAAUAUACAAUACAAUACAAUACACAGAUCCAUCCAUCAUCAUCAUUAUCAUCGUCAACGCCAACACAAUUCUUCCCAUUUUCUCUUCACCUUCCAUUUCCAUGUCCGUUUCCUUCUGAAUUGGAUUGAUGUGCAAUGCAGAGAUCACGGAAAGCUCUUCUGGAAAAUAGAAGAGCUCUUCCACUUCCACACGCAAUUGGCUUCUCUUUGGUUUUUCUUUUCUUCCUCUUCAGCUUGUGGGUCAGUCGCGGCCAUAGUUACUUAGAUGGAUCUGAAAAACAAUCAGGUGGAGUAGAAAAUUGGAAUGAAGUUAAGCACGGGCUGUGUGAAAGCUCUAAUACUGCUGAUAAGUAUUUCAUCAAAGAUACUGAUGCUUGCUUUCCUUUGGAGUCUUUUCACUCUAAAAGUGUCGAAGCUAAUGGUUUUGAUGGUGAGUUACAUCCUGGCGGGGAAAGGGGUGAGUAUGCAUUACCUGCCGCUUGUGAUACAGAAAAUAAAAAUUCUCUUACUAAACAGGAACAUGAAGUUGAAAGUAGUGAAUCUGCUGUCAAACACGAAAAUGAUGUGCAAAAAUCUGACCACUUAUCUUGGGCUGUGCCUCUUGGUCUUGAUGAAUUCAAGAGCAGGGCAAUUAGUUCUAAAGUUAAGGCUGGUGCUGGUCCAUCUAGAAAUGUAAUACAUAGAGUGGACCCUGGGGGAGCAGAAUACAAUUAUGCUUCGGAAUCAAAGGGAGCUAAGGUUUUGGGUUCUAAUAAAGAAGCCAAAGGUGCCUCUAAUGUUUUAAGCAGAAACAAAGAUAAGUAUCUUCGAAAUCCAUGUUCUGCUGAAGAGAAAUAUGUCAUUAUAGAACUUUCAGAAGAAACCUUAGUAGAUACGGUAGAAAUAGCCAAUCUUGAGCACCAUUCUUCCAAUUUAAAAGAUUUUGAAAUUUAUGGCAGUCUGAGCUUUCCAACCGAUGUUUGGGUUUUCCUUGGGAAUUUUACUGCUUCAAAUGUGAGGCAUGCUCAAAGGUUUGUUCUUAAGGAACCAAAAUGGGUGAGAUACCUAAAGUUGAAUCUUCAAAGUCACUAUGGUUCAGAAUUUUACUGCACGCUAAGCAUAGUUGAAGUUUAUGGUGUGGAUGCUGUUGAGAGGAUGCUGGAGGAUUUGAUAUAUACUCAAGAUAAUCUAUCUGGAGGAGGUAAUGAUGAUAAGAACACAGUAUCACCCCAUCCUGAUCCUGCUGAAAGUGAACAUGUUAAUCAAAAUACUAUAGGAGGGAUCAAUUCUGACCCUGCUUCAGAUAUCGCUUCUGCAAAUCAUGAGGCAGUAAAUAAUAAGGUUCCUGAUCCAGUUGAAGAAAUUCGCCAACAAGUUGGCAGGAUGCCUGGGGAUACUGUUCUCAAGAUUCUUAUGCAAAAAGUUCGUUCUCUAGACUUGAGUUUGUUUGUUUUGGAGCGGUAUAUGGAAGAUUUAAACUCUAGAUACGUCAAUAUUUUCAAAGAGUACAGCAAAGACAUAGGAGAAAAAGAUUUACUUUUACAGAAGAUCAAAGAAGAUAUACGAAAUCUCAUUGAUCAGCAGGACGUUAUAACAAAAGAUGCAAGUGAUCUUAAGUCUUGGAAGUCUCAAAUUUCCAUGCAGUUGGAUCAUCUACUCAGGGACAAUGCUGUUUUGAGAUCCGAGGUUGAAAAGGUGCGGGAGAAGCAGAUCUCUUUGGAAAACAAGGGUGUAGUUAUAUUUUUAUUGUGUUGUAUUUUUUCAUUGCUAGCUGUAUUGAGGCUAUCUUUGCAUAUGGCUACAAAUGUCUGUAGAGCACUAAGAGUUGAUAGAACAAUUUACUCCGGGAAAUUUUGUGCCGAUAGCUCUUCCUGGUUUCUUCUAUUAUUGAGUUGUGUAAUUAUUUUCAUAUUAAUUUUGUGAUAAUUCAUUUUUGAGAUAUGUUAUCUCCUGUGAGAUGCUUAUAGAGCU